CUACGAUGGCGGACGAUCGCGGCAGAGUGAUGUUUGUGGGGAUGAACUGUCUUGACAUCAGCACUACGUGCCAGGUUUAUCCGGAAGAGGAUUCCGAUCACGACUGCCUGGACAUGUUGUGGGUGCGCGGUGGAAAUGCGUCUAACAGCUCGACGGCGUGUGCCCUAUUGGGAGGCAACACCCAAUACAUGGGCAACCUGGCGGACACCUACGAACUGCAAUUUUUUAAGGACACGUUUGAAGAGGUGGGCAUUCAUUAUGAGGACUGUCCCAUUGUCAAAUCGCAAUGUCCACGCACCCUCGUGCUGAUCAACGCCAGCACGGGAUCAAGGACGCUCAUGUACUAUGGCGGCGGUUACCCGGAACUGGCUGAAAAGGACUUCCGGUCCAGGAUCACGCUGACACCAGGCAAAUAUCGGUGGAUACAUUUUGAGGUUGUGCUCGAAUUUCUUGGCCGACCUAACGUGGACGACAUCCAGGCCAUGAUCAGACACAUUCAGGAAUUCAACAUGGCGGCGCGGGAAGACGAUAAAAUCAAAAUAUCCCUCGAGCUGGAAAAAAUCCGAAGAAUUGAAUCAGCCCACUUGAUGAAAGAGGUUGAUCUUGUUUUCGUAAGUAAGGACUAUGCCAUUGCCAAAGGUUUCCACGAUAUGGAGUCUGCAGUCGUGGGAUUUGAGAAAUUUCUUCGGCCAGGAGGUACUGUUAUCUGCGCAUGGGGUGAAAAGGGCGCGGCAGCAAAAGCCUGGGACCAGUCUGUGACGACCUCCAAAGCAUUCCCGCCAGAGAGACUCGUCAAUACUACCGCUGCUGGCGACACCUUCAACGCAGCCACAAUCCUUGCGCUCACCAAAGGCUUGCCACUGCACGACGCCAUUACCUACGCCUGUAAAGUGGCAGGGGCUAAAUGCGGCAUGCGCGGAUUUGAGAGGCUUAAGGAAUUAGCCUUUUCUUAA